UACACGCCCAAAGAUCCCUAAAUGUAACAGCAGCAGAGAGGAUAGGAUAGGACUGCGCUAUGCUUUACUUACUUUCCGGCAGGAGGCAUCCAGCGCGGUUUAAACAUCACUUGUGUUACUCAAAAGCGAAGAACAAAACGGGUUUUCGUCUUUUAUGAUGAACCGUGGAAAAGCCGACACCGUCCAUCCGAUAGGUUUGAGGCGAAUGGCCUAAAUUAAUUUCAUUUUAUCGGAUCUGGAUCCAUUUCAUUGGGCUGAUGCGGGCAUGGCUAGUCUCAGCUUUAUCGAUACAAACCGGCUCCGUAUGAAGAAUAUAUGAAGUGAACGGUUAAACCGAAACCUGCUAACAUAUUUCUAUCAAUGCGCAUACGAGAUCCGCGUCCACGAUAUGAAGAACAGUCGUUGACUGAAUAUGUCUUGAGUAUGUUUUUUGGACUUUUCUUGGGCAUUUUCUAACAUCAAAACGGGACUUAAUUUAUACAAUCUUGUUUAUAAAGUGUUUUUAAACGCAUAUUGAUGCUUAAAAUCUCGCAUCUUCAUCUACAAGUCGGGGGUGAUAAAAUCAGCUGACCACCACCACACCAUUGAAUUCGUUACAUUUAAAGAUACAUCCCAGAGUUUACUGUUAAUCGCAUAAACAGUGAACUUUUUUGGAGAUCCUUAUAUUUUGUCUCCGUGUCAAACACGUCCUAAAUAUACAAGAAGAGAAGAUCUUGGAGAUGUCUGGCCGGCCUAGGACCACAUCAUUUGCCGAGAGCUGCAAACCAUUGCCGCAGCCUUCAGCCUUUGGCAACAUGAAAGUCAGCAGGGAUAAAGACGGCAGUAAGGUCACAACGGUAGCCGCUACCCCCGGUCAGGGUCCCGACCGACCUCAGGAGGUCAGUUAUACAGACACGAAGGUGAUCGGGAAUGGCUCGUUUGGGGUCGUUUAUCAGGCAAAGCUUUGUGACACUGGAGAGAUGGUGGCUAUAAAGAAGGUUCUGCAGGACAAAAGGUUUAAGAAUCGUGAGCUACAGAUCAUGAGGAAAUUGGACCACUGUAACAUUGUGCGUCUGCGGUACUUCUUCUACUCCAGUGGAGACAAAAAGGAUGAGGUGUAUCUGAAUUUGGUGAUGGAUUACGUUCCUGAGAACGUCUACAGGGUGUCUAGACACUACAGUAGAGCCAAGCAAAGUCUGCCUAUGGUUUAUGUGAAGCUGUAUAUGUACCAGUUGUUUCGGAGCUUGGCGUACAUUCACUCAUACGGGAUCUGCCAUCGUGACAUCAAACCUCAGAACCUCCUGCUGGACCCGGAGACGGCCAUAUUGAAGCUUUGUGACUUUGGAAGUGCUAAGCAGCUGGUGCGUGGGGAGCCUAAUGUUUCCUACAUCUGCUCGCGCUACUACAGAGCCCCCGAGCUCAUUUUCGGAGCAACAGACUACACUUCCAGCAUAGAUGUUUGGUCAGCGGGUUGUGUUCUGGCCGAACUGCUGCUGGGACAGCCCAUAUUUCCUGGUGACAGUGGCGUGGAUCAGCUGGUUGAAAUCAUAAAGGUGUUGGGUACUCCUACACGAGAACAGAUCCGUGAGAUGAACCCAAAUUACACAGAGUUCAAGUUUCCACAAAUAAAAGCACAUCCGUGGACUAAGGUUUUUCGGCCCCGGACCCCUCCGGAGGCAAUAGCACUGUGUUCGCGGUUGUUGGAGUACACGCCGACGGCCCGCUUCACUCCUCUAGAGGCGUGCGCUCACACGUUUUUCGACGAGCUUCGUGAGCCCAACCUAAAGCUUCCUAAUGGGAGAGAAAGACCAGUGCUGUUUAAUUUCACUACACAGGAGUUGUCCAGUAACCCAUCGCUGACCUCCGUGCUCAUCCCCCCACACGCUCAGAACCAGGUGGAAAACUCUGCUGCCUCGGUUGCGACAGGUGCCAACAGUGGCGAUCGUGGUCCAAACGCCAACGCUGCCUCUGCCGCCCCCAAUCCUUCGACUUGAACGCCUGCCACCCAUCACUGGGUCGAUUUUACGCUGCUGCUUAUUAACCACGCCCAGAGUCCAGGGCGUGGCUAAAAUAUAAAAAGCUCAUAUGAUGGACGCACCCUGGUCAUUUUUUUACUUUAAUUAUUAUUUUUUUAUUUAUUUGCUGUAAAGGACAGAAAUGAGGGCUUGGAAACAUCACCUCAGGACUAUGUGUGGUGAUGUUAUGAUUUUAGAUAUAUAUACACACACACACACACACAGUUAUAACAAAUAUGUAUAUAACUGUAUAUGUAUAUUGUUAUACCUACGAAUAUGUCUACUUAGACAUUUUUAAGUAAAAUCUGUAGCUGUUGCCCUUUUAUAACCAUACCAACAGCUGAAUUCAUCAUUGGCGCUUUCCUCACCAGUACCUGGCUGGCAAACACAAGGAUGGGUUUUCUAUGACUGUGCUUUUAAAGAGGUAACACAGAAGGCACGUGACUGCUCAGGUCGGACCUAGAGCUUUACCCAUGAUGCCCGAAAGCUGGCCUGCGAUUGGGCCAAAACUAAAAACCAUCCCGGAGCGGUUCAACAGCAUGGGGAGAUUCCCAAGGCUUGUGUACAUUCAGUAGAUUAUGUGAAAUACGUACUGACUUUGGCCUACAGUUGUGGUUGGAUGUGUUGUGUGCUUAAAUUGUAUGCUGCUGUGUCUUUCAAACCACGUUUCCUCUCUUCCACCUGCCUGUCUUCCUCCCUACUACCUGUGGUGUAGUCAUGCUAUACCUCAUCGAUUUCGACAAACGUACCGUCAGCACACACAUAACUUCGGAUGAUUUCCUGCGAGCGAGUGUGUGCGAGCAUGCCGUACGACUUACGACUUUAUAAAUGCUCUAUAUGCUGAUUCUCGAAUAAUAGCACGAAUAUGAUAAUCAGGAUUAAACACGGGAACAGGUUUUUCUUCUUCCUCCUAGGGCUGACUUCAAAUCCCAGCUACAAUGAUGAUGUCACAGCUUGUACUCUCUCGACUGUGUCACUUUGUGUUUUGACAUUUAACAGAGUGACUCGGAUCCGUAUGCACUCAGUAACCAUAAGGACUGUUCAGACAUAUCCUCUGUCUAAACAAAUCGACACAUUGAUGACAAAUCAACCAAUAACAGCCUGUUUUGAGAUCUCUGAAACAUCAUAACAUCAUUUUCUUGUGCUUUUUCUAUAUCGUUCUCUUUGGCGCCCUCUUGUGUAUGUGAAAGUGUAUUACUGCAAUUAUUAUCACAACUGUUUUAUUUUUUUCCUAGUCACGGUUUUGAAUCGCCACACACACAAAAAAACACCUUAAGCUGUUUAUUUUCUCCCAAAACUGCUUUUUUAUUGCUGUUAAACCCUGCAAAAUAGUGGUUACAAACUGUAAUCGCCAAACCUAGGUAUUGUAUGAAUAUUGAAUGUGAUAUUGUAUGAACGUACUACAAUUAUAACUGUAGUUAAGUAUUAAAAUACUAAUUUGUUUGGAUGAUCUAUGCUUGACUAAUAAGAUCUAAGACUUUAAAUGUCAGCUAUGAGCUCGUGCUCAGGUUAAAGGGAUAGUUCACCCAAAAUUAAAAUUCUGUUAUAAUUUAUUCACUCUUCUGUUGAUACAAACUUGAUAUUUUUUGUUCCUGAUGAGCACAAAGGAUGAUAUUUUGAGGAAUGAUUGUAAACCGAUCGUUCGCCCACACUGUAAAAAAAAUCCGUAGAAAUUACAAUG